GUUUGAGAAAAGGAAAAUGGAUAGAUUUCAUUAGUGAUGUAAUUUGACAUUGAAUAAAAAAAAUUGCCAACAACACACAGCUUUGAAAUGGCAUUUGGUCUAUACUCAUUAAUCGAAGCCGUUAUAUUGUGUUUGAAUGCAGUGUGCAUUCUACACGAAGAACGUUUUCUUGCUAAAAUUGGUUGGGGUACAGAUCAGAGAGGCUUUGGUGAAGAUCCUGGAAUGAAAACACAGAUAUUAAAUUUGAUUAGAUCUAUAAGAACAGUUAUGAGAAUACCUCUCAUUGGAAUCAACGUAGUAGUGAUAGGACUGAAGUUAUUAUUAGGAUAGCACUAGUUUACAUAUGAUACAGAAUGUAUGAAAAAAAAUGUUAUAGAAGAUGAUUGUGAAUUUGUAUGGAAGGACAACUUGACCAAGAUUUUAAUGAUGUGAUGAGAGUGCAAUAUUACUUUUUAAUUGUUAAUACAAUAUUUACUUUUUUUGUAAAUUAAGAACUAUGGUGUAUGUUAAAAAAUAUAUUGUAUGAAAAUUGCAGUAGGCCAAGAUGGAAUUUUGAAAAGGAGUGUAUGCCAUGGUAUCAUAAAAAAUGUCAACAAUUAUGAUUUGAUUAAAAAGUGCCAAAUUUUUAAAACUUAAUUUCUCUUUGAUUGUUUUACCUUGUAUUACAGUGCUAAAAAUAAUCCCUUCUAUACAGGUAUUUUGUAGAACUCAUAUUCACUACAAUCAUACAUGUUGUAUAACUAAAGCACCUGAGAAUAGUCUUAUGCAGGUUUGGCUGAUAGAGAAUAGCAUAGAUCAGUUUAUGCAAGACAGUUGAACUUAUUAUGUUUAUAUUAUGUAAUUUAAAGUUUGGCCCAAAAGACAAGGUUGAUUAUAAAGUAUUCAACAUUUAAUUGUCCACUUCAUGUAUUUACAAUUGUAAUAUUCUAAAUAGAUUAAGGUAUUAAAAAAAAAGAAAAAGAUAAGGAUAUGACAACAUACAUUUGUAUGGAUGACUCAUAUCGUGAUAGAGCUUUAACUGACUUCAGCUUAAGAAAAUGGUACUGUCUUAGCUUACUAUCAAGCUUCAAUGUAUUUUUUAAGCUUUAAAGAGUCAACUGCAUUGCUUAAAAUUUGUAUAAAUUCUUUAUUUUCAAUGGAAAUCAAUUUUAUUUCUGUAUUUGUUUUAAAAAUUAUUUUCCUUCAAGUGCUAUGACUUUCAAAAGUGCCUUUAGAACUAAAUGUUUUCUUAUAGACCUACCAUUUAACAAAUAAAAAGUGUACAUGUAUAUAGAUGUGGAUUAAGGAAUAAAAAGGUAUUCAAAAUA